UUUUUUUUGGUGUUCCCAGCCUGCGUCGACAUAGGAAGUGAUUGUUUGAUUUGUUAUUUGUUUUACUUCUUGUUAAAUGCUGUUAACUCUUACAGACAAUUUUGUAAUUCUAUAUUUCCCCCCAAAAAGUGUCGAAUAAGGAGGAAAGUGGUUCGUAUAUCCUUUGACGAUGUAUGCCGCCAGAUACGACGGCCACAGCGAUCGCCAUGAGCGGAUCGACUUCCUAACCAGCAAAGAGAAAGCCCAUUCCAAGCGGAAGCUCUGGGCUGUGUUGGGGGUUCUAUUGGCGCUCCUCAUCCUCGCUGCUGUAGCUGCUUUCCUAAUUUGGCUGUUUGUCUUUAAGGAUGCCGAAGAAGCCAGUCUCAGUCACAAUCGCGUCCCUGCUAAGCUGGUGUUCAGCGGUCACAUGAAGCUGCCCGAUCUCAAAUACAACGAGAAGCUGGAGGACACCAGCAGCCCUGAAUUUGAAGCCAUGGCAGAAGAACUGGAGGCUGUUCUGGAGGAAAAUAUCAAGAAGGAUGAAUUCCUUUCUACAUACUAUACUAAGUCUGUGGUCACAGCAUUCAGCGAGGGCGUGAUAGCUUACUAUUGGUCCCAGUUUGACGUCCCAGUGGAGGACCUCGAGUUGGUGCCGGAGCUCUCUGAGGAACUGGUGUUGGAGACUUUGGAAAAUGGAAUAAAAGAUCAGCAAAGACGGAGGACCAAGGGCCAGCUGAAGAUCAGUGAAAUCACAGCCACAUUCACUGACCCUCGCAUGGCCAGGAACCCCCGAGCCCGGGAAUGUUUCUUCCGACUGGAGGCUGAGCAAAAGGAAUCCGAGUUUUCAUCUCCGGGCUUCCCCAGCGGCUACCCCCCGAGGUCUCGCUGUCAGUGGCAAAUCAGAACCUCUGCAACAAACGCCAUUUCCAUCACUUUCCCUUUCUUCCACGUGGAGGACGACUGCUCCGAUGACUUUGUGGCCAUUUAUGAUUCUUUAAGUCCAGAUGAAUCACAGGCGAUCACAGAGAAGUGCGGUCAAAGGCCCCCCUCGAAUCCCUUGGAGGUGGUGUCUUCUGGUAACAUCAUGCUGAUAAAUCUGAUUACGGACAGUGAGGUCCAGCGACCCGGCUUUCGGGCAGUGUACAAAGCUAUCCCUAAAUCUGAGGUGAAUACCUGUGGUGGCGUCCUCUCUGCAAGCACAGGAGUCUUAACCUCCCCUCUCCACCCCAGCUUCUAUCCCCCUGCUGUGGACUGCAAGUGGACCAUUAAGGUACCGGCUGGGAAAAAGGUGCGGUUGAGGUUCAACAUGUUCCGCAUGAAAGAACCAGGGGUGGACAUCCGUGUGUGUCACAAAGAUUAUGUGCAGAUUAUGGACGACAAAUACUGUGGCGAGCUGUCUUUAUUGGCUUUGACGAGCACCACAAAUAUUAUGGAAGUGACCUUCCACUCCGAUGAGUCAUACACGGACAAAGGCUUCAGCGCAGAAUACAGCGCCUACGAUCCUCAAAACCCUUGCCCCAACAUGUUUGCCUGCGCUUCUGGCAUAUGCAUCUCCAAAGACCUCAAAUGUGAUGGCUGGAACGACUGUGGUGAUAUGAGCGACGAAAUGAAAUGCAAGUGCGGGGAGGACCAGUUUGGUUGUCGGAACGGUUUGUGCAAACCCAAACUCUGGGUGUGCGACCGCGUUAACGACUGCGGAGACAACAGCGACGAGGAAAGUUGCAGUUGCGAGGAGAACGAGUGGCGCUGUGGGAAUGGCGUGUGUCUGCCUCAGGAUGUCGUAUGUGACACAAAGAUCGACUGCGAGGAUGGCAGCGACGAGGCCUCUUGUAAAACCUCUCCGGGUAUCUGCUCCGACUUCAGCUUCAAGUGUAAGAGCGGCGACUGUGUCAACAAGGUCAACGCCGAAUGUGACCGCAUCAACGACUGCGUCGAUAAUUCAGACGAGGACGGCUGCAAUUGCGGCACCAGACCGUACAAACUGAAUCGCAUCGUCGGAGGCCAGAAUGCCGAGUUCGGGGAAUGGCCCUGGCAGGUCAGCCUCCACUUCAAGACCUUUGGUCACGUUUGUGGGGCCUCCAUCCUCUCCAAGAAGUGGAUCCUUUCAGCCGCUCACUGCUUCGUCACCUUCGACCGAGAGAAUCACAUUGCAGCCAACUGGCAAACGUACAGCGGCAUGCAGGACCAGUUCAGGCAUGACGGAGUCCAGCGCCGUGCCGUGAAGAGGAUCAUCAGCCACCCGGAUUACAACCAGAUGACCUUUGACUAUGACAUCGCGUUGCUGGAGCUCAGCGAGCCUCUGGAAUUGUCGAAUACAAUCCAACCUAUCUGCCUACCCGCUUCCUCCCACGUCUUUCCUGCAGGCAUGUCCUGCUGGGUCACGGGUUGGGGCGCGCUCCGAGAAGGAGGUCAAGGUGCACAACUCCUGCAGAAAGCGUCGGUGAAAAUCAUCAACGACUCCGUGUGUAACGUCGUCACGGAGGGUCAGGUCACCUCCAGGAUGCUCUGCAGCGGAUUCCUGGCAGGAGGAGUUGAUGCAUGUCAGGGAGACUCGGGAGGCCCCCUGGUGUGUUUCGAGGAAAGUGGGAAGUGGUUCCAGGCGGGGAUCGUGAGCUGGGGCGAAGGCUGCGCUCGCCGCAACAAGCCCGGUGUCUACUCCCGCGUCACCAAGCUGAGAGAAUGGAUCCGAAAAGAGACAGGUAUUUGAUUGACGUGAGUGGGGGGGGGGGAUUAUGGCGAGUUCCCGUUUUUUUUGUUCUUUUAGCGAUAGACUGACGAGACGUCGCGUGGACCCACACACUCACUUGCACUUUAUUUUUAUUUUUUAUUUUUCCAUCUUAUUCUUCAACGACGACACACAACGGAUCACAUGCUGUAUAUAGCGACCUCUCAUCCUGGCGGCCAUUUUUACCGAUUUAAAAAAAUAUACAGUACAUCCUCAAAUUCUGAAUACAUAGUGCAUCAUUAUUGAGUGUUUUUUUUUAACCGCUUUUGGCUCCUGUAGAUAGCAUUUUUCUCAUUUUGGGGUUUUAUAUAUGAAAUCAUAAUGCUUUUUUUUUUUUUAAGAUUGCAGAAAGAUAUGAAUUUAACAAUCCAAGCAAUUCCUUUUAAACAUAUCAUACACAUUACAAUGUUUUUUUUUCAGCUUGCUUCAAGUUAACUUUGUGAUAAACUCCAACAGGAAAAUGGCGUAUUCUUUAAAAUGUGCCGAUAAAUUGCAAUACUCAUCGCCCAUUUUGCAAAAAAAAAAAAAAAGGGCGACGUUAAAGACGGUUGGAUCACCUGACAUUGUUUUUGACUGUGAAACCAAUGAGAAAAUAAGACAAUGGAAAAUAUUACUGUAGCACACCAAAGAUUUGACUAAGUAUUAUUUAUUGUAGUAUUUGGUACAAUCAAUGAAUGAUACUGUUGCUGGAUGGACUUUUUUUUAAAACAUAUGUAUAUUCCUACCAAAUAAAGACAUGUUUUUAACUUUGAACACAAUAGCACAGUGAUUGGAAUUUUUGAAUUACCUUCCCUUUUUGUUUGUAUAUGUUCUAUUUGAAAGACUAACAU